AACUUUAUUUUCUGUAACAUCAUGUAUUGACAUUUAACAUCAUUUAAAGUCAUCAUUUUUAACUGGAAUAUAUCACCAACUAUUCGGAAAAAUCAUUUACUAUUGUUCGAACAAUAAUGAUCCAUCAGUUGAGUUUUAAUGAAAUUCGAAUCUGGAUUUCCCUAUUAAUUAUUGAAAUUAAUCUAUCAUCGAUAGUAUCAGUGUCAUCGGAAUUAGUUUCAAUUCAAAAACAAGACCCAAAUAAAUUGGAUAAAGACUCUUACACGUAUUUCAAUAGUCUUUACGCAUUCCGAGUCGACGAAGAAAGUUUAAAUAGGGAUUUCAAUUGUUCUGGUCGUUGUGAUUUGCUCGAUGAUGAGUUUGUUUAUAAUUAUGGCAGUAUAUGUGAUGGAAUUGUUCAUGAGUGCUGGCUUAUACAACAUAGCGCAAAACGAUUAGAUGCAGUAAACAAUUACAAACAAGUACGUAGACGCAAUAUUGGUGUUUUAAACGAUCCGAUAGGGGGAGAUCCUUUUUAUGUUAAUGCAGCACGUAAAAAUUUAGAGGAAGCAAGAUGGUUAGUGGAUCAUACUGGGAGCGAUUGUGGAUGUUUAUGUGAACGUAAAUCUAAUUCAUAUUAUAACAUUCAUGGUCCAUUACUCGACUCAAUUUGUUUUGAUCAUGUCGAAGUGGAUAACGGAUAUGUGGUAACAGGGGUCAGAUUUAAAAGAUAUGAGAACAGAAUACAUCUUGAACUUCAACAAGGAAUACUAGCAAACGGACGAAUUGAUGCUGGUACCGUAGCAUGGAAAAAAACGAGUGAAUGUAAUAAUUCAAAACCAGUAGUCUAUAACUUCAGAGGUAGUUCUUACAAAGGUUUAAAUUUUGUAUUGGAAGAUAUGAUUCUUCCACGCAAGCAAGUCGUUAUUGGCGUAACAGUUGGGGAAAAAUUACUAGGACAAUACGUAACUGAUGAUGGUAAUUUAGAUACUAUGAAAAUAAUUGAUCACACUCAAUGUUAUGGGAGUUCCAGAACUCGGAAUUUGGUGCAUGGUUACUCCCGACUUCUGCCACCCACAAAUUUUCUAGGAAUGCAUAUUCCAUGUAGUACAUCAUGUAAACAUCAUUUGUUAUUUGGUGGAACAUCAUAUGAUUCUGAUUUCAUACAACAUAUUGUUCCAUAUAUUGAUUUACAAGAAAUAGUUACUGAUCCGCCUGAACCAAUUCGCGGAAUCGGUUGGUACUACAGAGGUUAUCCUGAAUCUGGAGGAUUUUUGGCUUUAAGAAUUUGGAAAUAAGAAUAAUCAUUGCUCAAUUUAUAUUGAACAAUAAAUAUUGAUGUUGAAUAAAUAUAUGUAUUUAUUAUUGUUUCAAAUUCAAUAAGAUAUUGUCAUAUACA